UUUACAGUUCAGAAUUUAUGAUUAAUUUAAUAAUUGAUAGAUGUUAUGUGCGUAUGAAAACCAAGAACCACACCUUAAACAUUACAGAACAUAAUAAAAUUUUCUUUAUAUUCCAAACUUAAGCUCCAAGUAAUUGUGUAUAUAUGAUUCUCUUCUAUGCAACUUAGUUAUAUACAUGUCAUCAAGUCGUAGACCUCACACACGAAGUCAUGUACGAAGCUACUCCGUUUCGUCUUCAAAGAAUGUACCAGCUAUUAACAACUUAGAUCAAAAUAGUAUCCUAGCUGGAACAAGCACUAACAUAGAAAUUGAACCCCGUAUAGCACCACUUUCUAUUUCAUAUGCACGACCAGACCACAGAGAUGCACGAAAUGCAGUAACAAGGGAUCAUUUCUGCUCAAUUGUGCCACUACAUAUUGCUGCACAGAAUCGAAGAAAGAGAAAACGUUUAAACCAUUUCAAAGCUCUAAAGCGACAAGCUUCGUCAGCUGGUAUAUCACUUUAUUCAUUACAAGAUACAUUUGGAUCAUCAAGAGAGUACACAAAUUUCCUCAAAGGUUUUGGAGGCACUGGCAAAACAUUUUUAUAGAACAAUAUAAUCUCCAAGCUACGAUCACAAGCAAAAAUAAUUUUACCUAUGGCUUCAAGUGCAGUUGCUGCUUUGUUACUAUCAGGGGGUAGAACAGCUCAUUUAAGAUUCCAAAUUCCGAUAGAUACCAGCAAGUCAAGCACCUGUAAUAUACGACGAGGUUCAAAUCUAUCCGAAUUGCUUAAUAAGACUUCUCUAAUAUUAUGGGAUGAGGCAUCAAUGGCUCAUAGAUUCUGUUUUGAGGCAUUAGAUCGGAGUCUUAGAGAUAUCCUUUCAAUUGAAAAUCCUAAUAACAAAAGCAAACCUUUUGGAGGGAUGAACAUCCUUUUGGGAGGAGAUUUUAGACAAGUACUACCUGUAGUCAAUAUAGCAACAUCUGCUGAAGCCAUAAGUGCAUCUUUAGUUAGUUCACCAUUAUGGCGAUAGUUCAAAGUUUUUAACCAUACAAUCAAUAUGAGAUUACAGAACCCAGAUUUAGAUUGUGCUGAGAAACAAAAGCUAGCAACUUUUGCAGAAUGGCUUCUAAAUGUUGGUGAAGGGAAAAUACCAGGACAAAUUGAUUCAGAGAAUGAAGAUGAAAAAUGGAUAGUAUUACCUUCUAAUAUUUUAUUACAGCCUGAUAACAACUAUCUAGAGUCAAUAACAGAUGCUACCUAUGAUAAAUUUAAUACCAACUUCAAUUGUGUUGAAUAUCUAGCAAAAGAGCAUCGAUAUCUCCUUUGAAUUCAACAGUUGAUGAAAUCAAUGAAUUUAUGCUGCAUAAAGUUCUAGGAGAUUGCAAAUAUUAUUUCAGCUAUGAUAGUAUCUUAAAUUCUAUUGAACAACCUAAUGAUGUCUCAAUAUUAUAUCCACCUGAAUUUUUGAACUCUA